AGGCGCCAAAGGCAUCUGAAGGGUGUCUUCCCCACUAUCCUCAGACUUGCCCAGUGGGAAUUUUGGAUACCAAGCAAAACCAUGCAUCAGUCUCUCAACAUUUACUGAGACUCUGCUGGAGUGCCUUUUUGCAGCAACAAGUAAGAAGAGUGGGAAGAAGUGAACCAUCUUGGCUUCUCCAAAAAUGACCUUGCCUGAGCCUUUCCUAGUUUGGACGUAGAACCUGGACUGGACAUGAGAAGUCAUUUGAUCCAACCUCUUUGUUUUACUUUAAUAAUGACAGCAAAUUCACCGAGAAAAUGAGAUCUGAUAAAACAGGUUCUAACACCUAACCACUGCCCCUCAAUUCCUAUUUAGAAUGUACUUAAAAUUACAUAAUACUAGCAAUAUACCAACAAAAGCCCCCAGUGGAAGUAUUUAGAAUGUGCUUAAGGAGAAGUGGGGGUCCUAGCCUGCCCAAUAAUCCUCUGGGGGAAUUACUGGGAAAGGAAGCUAAUGGUUGGGAUGCCUCUGUUGAAGGACUGAGAGUCACCCCUCGGUGAGGCCUUUCUUCACGCAAGCCAAGCUCGACCUGGACACAGUUUUACAACACGUAGGUCACUAUUUUAUUUUUUAUUCUUGUUAAAAAUUUUUUUUUGAAGAUUUUAUUUUUAAGCACUCUCAACACCCAACAUGAGGCUGAAGCUCAUGACCCUGCGAUUAAGAGUUGCACACUCUACUGACGGAGCCAGCCAGGCAACCCCCUAGGUCACUAUUUUAGGGGCUGGUUGAAGUGGUUCUCUGGGAUCUAACUAUGCUUUUCACUGCCCAUGGGUUCUUCAUGAUCCGUCCCUGCCUGCCUCUCUGACCUUUUCCUCCUCCUCUUCUUUCCUCUUUCCUCUUGCUCUGGCCCUACUGGCCCUACUUUGGCUUUGGAAUUCACACAUUCCCACUGUAGAGCCUAUGCACUUGAUCUUGCCUUGCCCUGGACUGCUCUUCUCAUGGCCUCUCCUCAUCACUCAGAUGUCGCCUGUGAUCAUCUUAGCUACAAUCUCUCUUCUUCAUCCUACCCUCUACCCCAAACCCUUCAGCAUGUUUUUACUUGGGAUAAUUAUCAAUACUUGAAAUAAUAUGUUGUUUUCAUGGUGUCUGUCUCCCCUAACUAGAAUCUGUGUCUUGAGGACAGGGACCUUGUACUUUUUACUGUUGUAUCCCCAGCCCUUGGAACAGGACCUGGAACAGUUAUGUGACUCCAGCCCAGGUCAUAGAACUCUGUAUGUGGGGGUUCGGAUGCCUCUGGGCCGGCAGAGCCAUCGUCAUCACCGAACCCAUGGCCAGAAGCACCGGAGACGGGGGCGGGGCAAAGGAGCCAGCCAGGGGGAGGAAGGCCCAGAGGCCCUGGCCCACGGUAACACUCUCGGGACAGAGGACACACCAUCUCAGCGUGUUCAGUUCAUUCUGGGCACUGAGGAAGAUGAAGAGCAUGUACCUCACGAGCUGUUCACAGAGCUGGAUGAGAUCUGUAUGAAAGAGGGAGAAGAUGCUGAAUGGAAGGAGACAGCCAGGUGGCUGAAGUUUGAAGAAGAUGUCGAGGAUGGGGGAGAGCGCUGGAGCAAGCCUUAUGUGGCGACCCUUUCACUGCAUAGUCUCUUUGAGCUAAGGAGCUGCCUUAUAAAUGGAACAGUCCUUCUGGAUAUGCGUGCAAAUAGCAUAGAAGAAAUUUCAGACCUGAUCCUGGACCAGCAAGAACUGUUCAGUGACCUGAAUGACAGCAUGAGGGUUAAAGUACGGGAAGCCCUUCUCAAGAAGCAUCAUCAUCAGAACGAAAAAAAGAGAAAUAACCUCAUUCCCAUUGUUCGCUCCUUCGCUGAGGUUGGCAAGAAGCAGUCAGAUCCACAUUCGAUGGAUAAAAAUGGUCAAACUGUGUCUCCUCAGUCUGUUCCAACUACGAGUCUUGAAGUAAAAAAUGGCGUGAAUUGUGAACACAGUCCCGUGGAUUUAAGCAAGGUGGAUCUUCAUUUCAUGAAAAAAAUUCCCACUGGGGCGGAGGCCUCAAAUGUCCUGGUUGGUGAGGUGGAUUCUCUGGACCGCCCCAUCGUUGCCUUUGUGAGGCUCUCUCCAGCCGUUCUUCUCUCGGGUCUGACAGAAGUGCCCAUCCCAACAAGAUUUUUGUUUAUCCUAUUGGGUCCAGUAGGGAAAGGUCAGCAGUACCAUGAGAUUGGCAGAUCCAUGGCCACCAUCAUGACAGAUGAGAUUUUUCAUGAUGUGGCGUAUAAAGCAAAAGAGCGAGACGAUCUCCUGGCAGGGAUUGACGAGUUCCUAGACCAGGUUACAGUGCUCCCUCCAGGGGAGUGGGACCCCUCCAUUAGAAUCGAGCCACCCAAAAAUGUCCCUUCCCAGGAGAAGCGGAAAAUGCCUGGAGUUCCAAAUGGAAAUGUUUGCCACAUAGAACCGGAACCACAUGGGGGCCACAGCGGGCCAGAACUUCAGCGCACCGGGCGGCUGUUUGGGGGCUUGGUGUUGGACAUCAAGCGGAAGGCCCCCUGGUACUGGAGCGACUACCGGGAUGCACUCAGUUUACAGUGUUUGGCCUCCUUUCUGUUCCUGUACUGUGCCUGCAUGUCACCUGUCAUCACCUUUGGGGGAUUGCUCGGAGAAGCCACUGAGGGACGCAUAAGUGCAAUUGAAUCCUUGUUUGGAGCCUCCAUGACUGGGAUUGCCUAUUCCUUGUUUGCGGGACAGGCUCUCACCAUCCUGGGAAGUACUGGGCCAGUGCUUGUAUUUGAAAAGAUUUUGUUCAAAUUCUGCAAAGAUUACGCUCUUUCGUACCUCUCCCUGCGAGCCUGUAUCGGACUGUGGACUGCCUUCCUGUGUAUUGUCCUUGUGGCAACUGAUGCCAGUUCCCUUGUCUGUUACAUUACCCGCUUCACUGAAGAGGCAUUUGCCUCCCUGAUUUGCAUUAUUUUCAUCUAUGAAGCAAUAGAAAAGCUCAUUCACCUGGCAGAGACCUACCCCAUCCACAUGCACAGCCAGCUGGACCACCUUAGCCUGUAUUACUGCAGGUGUACUCUCCCAGAAAAUCCAAACAACCAUACCCUGCAGUACUGGAAGGACCACAAUAUCGUGACAACAGAAGUCCACUGGGCCAACCUGACUGUUAGCGAGUGCCAGGAGAUGCACGGAGAGUUCACGGGAUCUGCGUGCGGCCAUCAUGGACCCUAUACUCCUGAUGUGCUCUUUUGGUCCUGCAUUCUCUUCUUCACCACCUUCAUCCUCUCGAGCACCUUAAAGACAUUUAAGACAAGUCGCUAUUUCCCAACCAGAGUACGCUCCAUGGUGAGUGACUUUGCUGUUUUCCUCACUAUCUUCACAAUGGUGAUUAUUGAUUUUUUGAUUGGAAUCCCAUCACCAAAACUUCAAGUUCCCAGUGUGUUCAAGCCAACAAGAGAUGAUCGAGGGUGGAUUAUUAGUCCCAUUGGCCCCAAUCCCUGGUGGACUGUGAUAGCUGCAAUUAUCCCAGCUCUUCUCUGUACUAUCUUAAUAUUCAUGGACCAGCAGAUCACAGCUGUCAUCAUUAACAGGAAGGAACACAAGCUCAAGAAAGGCUGUGGCUACCACCUGGACCUGCUGAUGGUGGCCAUCAUGCUGGGUGUCUGCUCCAUCAUGGGCUUGCCCUGGUUUGUGGCGGCAACUGUCCUGUCCAUCACACAUGUGAACAGCCUCAAACUAGAAUCUGAGUGCUCUGCUCCUGGAGAACAACCCAAGUUCUUGGGCAUCCGAGAACAAAGAGUGACGGGCCUUAUGAUCUUUGUGCUGAUGGGCUGCUCAGUCUUCAUGACGGCCAUAUUAAAGUUUAUCCCAAUGCCAGUACUCUAUGGAGUUUUCCUCUACAUGGGAGUUUCUUCUCUACAAGGAAUUCAGUUCUUUGACCGUCUGAAGCUCUUUGGGAUGCCUGCAAAGCACCAGCCAGAUUUUAUCUAUCUUCGGCACGUGCCCCUGCGCAAAGUGCACCUCUUCACCCUCAUUCAGCUGACCUGCCUUGUCCUACUCUGGGUCAUCAAGGCCUCUCCGGCUGCCAUUGUCUUCCCAAUGAUGGUUUUGGCUUUGGUCUUUGUCAGGAAAGUCAUGGAUCUCUGUUUCUCUAAACGAGAGCUGAGCUGGUUAGAUGAUCUCAUGCCUGAAAGUAAAAAGAAGAAGCUGGACGAUGCCAAAAAGAAGGCCAAGGAGGAAGAGGAGGCUGAGAAGAUGCUAGAAAUGGGGGGAGACAAGUUCCCCUUAGAGAGCAGGAAGUUACUAAGUAGUCCUGGAAAGAACAACAGUUUCAGCAUUGAUUUCAGAUGUGACCCCUCUGAGAUUAAUAUAUCUGAUGAAAUGCCUAAAACUACGGUCUGGAAAGCUCUCAGUAUGAACUCUGGAAAUACAAAGGAGAAGAGUCUCUUCAACUAAAAGUCUUUGCUGGGAAGGAAGAUUUGGGCCGUGAGGUGCCUCAGGGAAGUUCUGGUUACAGAGAAGAUGUGAGUCUCUCAGAGAAGAAGCAAGACCGAGUCUGGCCCUGCCCGUGGUCAUGUCAAAGCCAUGCCGAAGCAUUCAGUUACCCGUGCUGUGCAUUGGAGGGCACCCAGCUAUCCCCAUACCAGCAGCCAGUCACCAGAUGUGGACGUGAAGCAGAAGACCACCUCCUGUUGGUACUUCUUCCUUUCUCUUUCUCUUCAGAAUUGCCACCAGUGAAGACCCAGCUUCCCAUUUUCCAGACAUUUUCUCUGAAACUCUCUGCUGGUGAACAGAGCCGUAUGGAUCCAUGCUGCCGCUGAGGGUUCCUUCGAUGAGUUCCCUCUUCCUAAAGGAUGGGAUGGGGGAGUAGGAGGAGAGCAGAGAGGAAAGGGAAGGCUCUCCCGCCCUGUAGAAUCUGCAGGCUCCCAGGCAGCCCUGGGCCUGGGUUUGAUGCCUACUCUGGGGGAUGCUGGUCAGACCCAGAGGCUGUCAGGAGGGUCUGCCGUUAGGACAGUUGGUGACCUGGGCAUCGGCAGGGGCCCACCACCACAGCCAGAAGAUGCCUCUGCCUCGGAAGCAUCUUUAUCGCUCCCUAGCAGCAGCCUGUGUGACUCGGCGAGAGCCUUGGAUGAUGAAAGGGCCAUGAGGGACACCGGAGUUGUUUAGCUCAGACAGGAAGAAGGUCGGGGGAAAUCGAUAAUGAUAAGCGAGGAUGAGCAGCUUCUCUUGGUUUCGUUAAGGAUAGACCAAGAGAACGAGCUUCGAUUGCUACAGAAGGAGUUGGUUUAGACACUAGGAAGGACUUCCUAGCCUGAAGAGUUGUCAUGGUGUCGGCUUUCUAGACACCUGCGAAAGGUUUGAUGAUAGUUGUUUGUGCAGAAAAAGAGAUAAGGUGUUUUUACUGGCCACGUUGUGGAAACAUCCAUGUCUUGCCGCUGUCUCUUGAGGACGCAUUCUGAUUCCACUCCUGGAGAGAUCCAAGUGCUUACGUAAUGUCUCCCUAGCUGCCUUAGUAGCGAACGGUCAUCAACUCAAUGGACCAAAACCACCUUCAGCCAUGUGGUUUCUUCAUCAUCAUGAAUUUCUUUCGGUUGACAGAUGUAUGACUCUCAGAUGUAAAAGACCACACUGGGAAAUGAACUGUAAGUGGUGAGAUUAAUUUUGGUAUUUGGUUGAAAACUAUAUUUAUAGUUUCUCUCUAUUUUUCUCUGUUGCAAUGAAUAUCAAGGGUUUGGACUCCAGUGUGUAUAUCUUCCCUUCCUUUGUGCACAGAAUGUGACUAGUAAGCGUGUCGGUACCCAGGGAAAUCGAUCCUAUCAGUUUUCCAUCCUGGAAGACCUUUGUACAGUGGGAUGUUCUUUCAGGUUCCUCUCCUUUCGUAGGUGAAGAGUUGGCUACAAAACUUCAUUGAAUGUUGCAUUCCUUAGCCUCUUAAAACAUAUCAGUGUAUUCUGGCCUUGCUCCUUGGAGUAAGACUCCUUACGCCUUUGAAAUGGAAGGAAUCCCGCAUUUCUUGACCAUUUCCACAUCUCCUAGGACCACACCUGUUUUAAUACACAGAUGGUUUUCAAAAUAUUUAACAACUGGUACAGGAUGGACACCAACCACUCAGAACGGAUGCCUGCUGUAAGCAAGCAGUGUGCAAGGCGGUGCCAGUGCCUCGUGACCAAACAUCAUGCUACUUGUGGACAUUAAAGUGAUAUCCCGUUGAACUGUGGGUAUUGCUCCUGGUUUGUGUAAUUUCCGCUCACAAGGCUGUUUUAUGCAGAGCCUUGGCUUCCCUUUAUAUAGUGCAGACAGGAACAGGCAUGCAUCUUCGAACUAUACGGGCAUUAAAAUCUUGGCGAACCAAAGCUUCACAUUUGAUCACUUUAGGAGAAAUGUAAUAAUUGUACCCAUUUACCUACCUAGUGUAGAAAAAUCAAAAGGCAGCCUGUCAAUGGGGAAAGCUUUCCUGCUGGCUGACUUUCCCUGCCUCUCUCCGGCAGCUUCCUUGAGCUUGCCUCCUCCUUUGGCUUCCUCGUCCCCUGAGAACACUCCCACUUUCUUCCUCCAUCUUGUCCCUCCCAUCUUUUCCUGCCACCUCUGUGUAGGAAGGUUGGUGGCUGCUUCUCCCAUCCCCCUAGUCUCAGCACAGCUGGAAGGAAUGUGAUAGGGAAGAAGAGCCCAUCGUACAACAAAUGAGGUGGCAAUAUCGCUCAGAAAAAUCUCUCCUAUUUCAUCGAUGUCUCACGAUGCCUUCCUUGUGUAGGCUCUCGAGAGCAGAAACCUGUCUUUAUUAACUCUGUGCAGUGCAGUUACCGGACCAUGUGUGUACUUUCAGGCCUUCCUGAGCCACAUCCUCCCAGGUUACUGCGCCUUAGGAACGUUAGUUACUCUGGAAGCCUGUGCCAAUCCUUUUAGGCCAUUACAUCUUUCUCAGAUAACAGCCAGCCUCAUUUCUGCUACAUCUCAGUGGUAGAAACCAUUCCCCCCUACUCUCAUUGUCUCCCUUUUCCCAACCCCCACCCAACCCUCAACCCCGGUCCUACCUGCAUGCUUCCUUGCUCAGGACUGUGGCCGGUGGCUAUGGUGGCACAGUCAGUUUGGGCAGUGUUGGGGACAGGAAACUGGGAGUGGAGGUGAAGAAGCAGCAGCAGCGUGUAUGUGUGUGUGUGUGUGUGUGUGUGUGCGCGUGUGCAUGUGUGUUCAUCGACAAAUACGAGUGUGUCCAUGAGGUGUCACUGCUGCUAUUAAAUAGUUUUGUGUACCUAAGCUGGGAGGGGGACAUCAAAAAAACAUGAUCAUUCCCCCCUCUAGGGGUUCUCUUCUCAGACUCCUCUGAUAGAAUAGCUUGAGGGCAAAUAUAGGCAGAUUAGUCUAUAGGAAAAGAUGUUUAAACUCAACGUUAAGCAGAAACUGACGGUUUCUCCUUGGGCCAGAGAAGCAGUCCACUUCUUUUAUGACAAGGGAGAUUUCAGGAACGGUUUGAGCGUUUGCAGGCUGGUGCCCUGAUGGGCUGGUGACGUCAAAGUAGGAAGGGAGGGAAGCCAGGGAUUGAAGAAACUGAUGGUAAGUGAAAUCUUGGUUCUAAUGGUAAGAACUGGUGUUGCUGAGUGGUCGGGUUACUUCCUAGCUCAUGACCUUUAAGGGAAGGGUUGGUCUAGAGAGAAGGUAAAGCCUAGCAAUCUAGUAUGAACUUGCCAAAUACGUUCGGUUGCAUAAAAUGCAGGCUAGCUCUUUGUGGCUACAUAAGAUUUCCAACUUCUGAUGACGGGCUUCUCGGGAGAUCUGAUCUUUACACAUACAGCUCCUGUCCCCAUCUCCUUAGUCAUAUAAGUUUGCCUUUGGGAUAGAGGGGCAGGGAACCAUUUAUUCCAAAAGAUGGUGUGAAUCGUUGCUAUUUCUCUUUGUCUGGGAUGUGAUUGGCUUUUAAGUUAGUCACAAAUCUUUGGUAAAAAUCUGGUAAAUGCUAAGUCUCAGGCUUGGUUGACAUCUCAGGCUGUGAGAGCUGUGACCUUCAAGAAGUCUCUGUGCUUUCUGGGCAUCCAAACAAGACAGUUCCCGAGUCUACUUUAUUUUCUACCCACUUUGCUCUCCAGACUUCCCUCUUAGCAGAGGAACCAACGGUUCUCCCUGCGUCUUCUCUAUGGACUUUCAUGUCUGUGUUCUGAGCCUCUAGGUUUUCCUGAAGCAGGGGAGAAGGUAGGGACCCUGGCUUUCCUUUCAACUGGCAUCAGAAGUCCCAUCCAGUGGGUCCUCUCUGCUGCUGCUUCAGCCUCCUCAUUUCUUCUUCUACAGGAGCGUUAGCACCGCCUCCUAGGACUGUUCAGCGGUCUUUGCUGGCUUGUCACUGCGUUUCCCUCGGACUUCUCAGGUUUCCAAGCCACAUCCUGGCAGGACAUUCAGGAACCCUGCACUGAAUGUUCUCAGCCUUCUUGAUUUUCUUUUGGUUGUGGCUGUCAGGCCUCCGUGAUGUGGAAAUCCUUCCUGCGGGCUCUGACUGGCCAAAUGAGACAUCAUCCAAGUUCCGCCCCUUUUACUGACUCAGCUUCCUUGGCUUCCUCACUUUGUCGAGCAGCCUUUCUUCUCCUUUCUGCCUCAGUCUUUCAACUCCUCCUUGGAUGGCAGUCAGAGGUCCUAAAGCCCACCACCAGUUGGGGGUGGUGAGAGAGGUGAGGAUGUUGGGCAGAAAGGGGACUCUCUGUUUUCCUUGCUUGGGCUGAGGGGCUACAGAUUCUCAAGCCCUCACACUCAUCCAUAUUUUAAUAGAAACAGAAAAAGAUAUCCCCAAAUCAAAUCGGAGUGGUUUUUCAACCACAUCUACUCUUUUUGAUUCUUGGUGCCCUUGUUCUCUUACACGAAUUAUAGAGAAUGGGCAGCUGACUCCGUUAACAUUUCUUUGCUAGAAAGGAGGCUGAUUUUCAUAACCAGAAGAGAUGUGAAGGAACUGUAUCAGUGCGUGAAGCAUGAAAAGAGGAAAGGAGUGUUAUGUGGGUCUCUUCAAUAGGAAAAUUCAGAAAGUGGAAUGAUUCAUCCAUAGGCAAAAUUCCUCUAGGACGUUCUGUGCUCAAAGGGAACGGAAUGGUUUCUGAUCCUUCUGAAAAGGAAUGGCAUUUUUCUUACACCUAACCCACUUUCAGCAUUGGAGAGUACAGAAGGCUUUCUUUGAGCUGAUGGCGUUAAUAUUUCGAGAGAGAGAGAGAGAGAAAAGCUACCCACGGCAUGUCUCCAAGCCCGGCAGGAAGUAGCUUGGGCUUCUCUAGCAGGUUUGCAACGGACCCCAACGUGCAGGUUUUCGUACAUGCGAUCAUGCUGGAAGCAGAAGUACCAAACUGAAUGUGCAAUGACUCCUUCUGCAAAAGAGGCCAGAAUCCUCUUCCCCACUCCUUUCUCCCAUAUUCCCUCCUCCAAGAUGCUGAGCCUCCCUCAUGUUGAUCUCUGUCUGUCUGAUUGGUUAGAUACGGCUGCCCUAAGCGAAUGGUGUCAGGUGGAGAGCAGAGCACGCUUCCCGCAGAAGGGGACAACUCGAGGUGCUGGUACAUUUCUCUUGUUUUCUAUGUUCUUCUUUCUAGUAGGUCUCGUGUAGAGAUAGAGAUAUUUUUGUUUUAGAGAUUCCAAAGUAUAUAUUUUUAGUGUAAGAAAUGGACCCUCUCCACCCUCCAUGGUGUAAAUAGAACCGAGAACAAAUGUGUUGUGAUAAUCCCAUAGCAAUCUGUGGUAGGAAUAGGACCCUCUCCCUUGCCACCAGGUCUCACGGUGUGUGUCUGUGAACCAGGGGAGGUGAUUGUGACACCUCUGCCUGCCCAGACCUUCCUGUGCUCAGUGGGUGAAAAAUAAAGUCUGUGUAAACUGUU